GUGGCUCCCUCUCUAAUCUUAGCUCUGGGUUGCACAGUGCGAAACCAAACCUGGCGCUUGGCAAUAACAAGAAGCAUCUCAUUCGUUGUUUGUUCUCCGGAAAACACACUACCCGAGAACGCCUGCACUUCCCCUCUGCCACUCCCAAUUCCGGCAAACCCCAUCCUUCUUUCUCUUCUUCUCCUAAUUCCUAUUUCCUAAUUCCAAUUAUUUUUAUUCCAACUUUUCCUUUAUCUUUAUCAUUAAAUUUCGCCUCCUUCUCCGACCAUUUCUCUCUCUCUCUCUCUCUACUGCAACUGCAACCUGAUCUAUGGAAGAAAUGUACGGACUGCAAUCCACGGCGGAGUAUUCGGACAAGGCGUUGAUGUCGCCGGAGAAUCUGAUUCUGCCGCCGGAUUACCAGACUUUACUGGCGUCGUCCGGGGACUUCCGCGAUCGGAUUCCAGUGUUUGGAUCCAACGAAUUGCUGUCGGCGGCAGCCUCAGCGAUAUCGGAAGCCGAAGCGGCAUCGAUCACGCCCGAAAUUCAACGUGAAGACGAUUUCAUCAACGUGAUCAAAGCCAAAAUUUCUUCUCAUCCUUCUUAUCCUCGUUUGCUCCAUGCCUAUAUUGACUGCCAAAAGGUAGGGGCGCCUCCGGAGAUUGCACAGAUGUUAGAGGAAAUCCGUCAGGAAAGCGACCUUUGUAACCGUCACGCUGUCACCACGUGCUUGGGCGUCGAUCCUGAGCUCGACGAAUUCAUG